AAGGUCCUGCUGUGACCUCUGUCCCCAGCCCCACCCCGCGCCCGGCCAUGGAGCUGCUGGGGGCUCUGAGCCCCCCGUGGUGGCUCCUGCUGCUCCUGCUCCUGGCCCUGCCGCUCUGGGCCACGCGCAGAAGCCCCUGGGAGCCCCGCGAGUGUCCCACGGACCUGACGGGCAAGACAGUGAUUGUCACCGGAGCCAACAGCGGCAUCGGCAAGAGCGUGGCCACGGACCUGGCGCGCCGGAACGCCCGCACCAUCCUGGCGUGCCGGAGCCAGGAGCGGGGCCAGGCGGCCGUGGAGGAGAUCCGGGCGGCCACCGGCAACCCGGCGGUGGUGCUGCGGCUGCUGGACACCGGCUCGCUGGCCUCGGUGCGCGCCUUCGCCAGCGCCGUGCUGCGCGAGGAGCCGCGGCUGGACGUGCUGGUGAACAACGCCGGCGUCACCGGGCUGCCCUUCGCCAUCACGUCGGAGGGGUUGGAGCAAACCUUCGCCACCAACUACCUGGGCCCGUUCCUGCUCACCAACCUGCUCCUGGACCUCCUGAAGGCCUCGGCGCCCGCCCGGGUGGUCAACGUGUCGUCGUUCCGGCACAGCGCGGGCACGGCCGACAGCGGGUACCUGACGGGGCAGCGGUGCCCAGGCAGGCACGAUGCCGCCUACAACAGCACGAAGCUGAUGAACGUGCUCUUCACCGCCGAGCUGGCACGGCGCCUGCAGGGCACAGGGGUGACGGCCAACGCGGUGAGCCCCGGCAUGGUGAGCACCAGCAUCAUGCGCCACUUCAGCUGGGCCGUGCGGGCGCUCUUCGUCCUCCUCCGCCCCUUCAUGAAGUCGGCCGAGCAGGGCGCUGCCAGCACCAUCUUCUGCGCCGUCUCGGAGGAAGCGGCGGGCGUCACCGGGAAAUACUUCGACAGCAGCUGCCGGCUGGCGCUGCCCUCGGCGGCCGCCCGCGACGCCGCGCUGGCACGGAAGCUCUGGGAGGCAUCGGAGCGGCUGACGGGGCUCACGGAGCAGGACUGAGCCACCGGGACGUCACCCCACACGGACGCCGCUCUGCUCCCCCUGUACCCACCCUGUGCUGCCGAGGGGACGCCACGGCGCCGGCCAGCUGUGACUGUGACACUUUUAUUAAAAACGCCGGCGCUACUCCCAG